GCCGAAAGAGAGAGAGAAAAAAAGGCGAAGGUAAAACGCGACCGGAUGGUGAGCCAACAAUCACGAUCGAGGAUUCAUCAGUGUUUUAGGAGGUCAAUGUCGCUCCACGGAUCUUCUUAAACAUGCAGACCGCAUACGAAACCCGGUGUAUAUAAUCCAAGCUGGUCGACUUCGGAAAUCAGUCGACUCGACAACUCAACCGUGUCACUUACCGGUACAACAAUGAAGGGAUUCAUCGCUUUCGCUCUUCUGAUCGCUGCGGUCGCCGCAGAGCCACCAAGAUACCGUCCCCAAAGGCAAUUCUUCUUCGCUAGACAACAGGAGGAGCCCACCACCACCGUUUCCAACGCCCCCUACGCACCUUCCGGAUGGAGACCGAAUGGACCGGCUUUCAAUCUACCUCAGAGACAAUACGGAGCGCCUAAUGCGCCUCAACAACAAUAUGGCGCACCCAGCGCGCCUCAACAACAAUAUGGCGCACCCAGCGCGCCUCAACAACAAUAUGGCGCACCCAGCGCGCCUCAACAACAGUAUGGCGCACCCAGCGCGCCUCAACAACAGUAUGGCGCACCCAGCGCGCCUCAACAACAAUAUGGCGCACCAACGGUUCCUCAGCAACAGUACGGGCCACCGCAGGAAGCUACCACGACUACCGAAGCGCCUAACACCACGGAGGCGGAAGAUGCCACCACUGUCGCAGGCGUCGAGUCCGAGUCCGAGCCCGUCAACUCGGUGAACGAGCUCGAGGACGAGGAGGUGGACGAGCAACAGCCCCAACAGUCCGGCGAGUAUUACGUGGCGCUGCCUGACGGCCGUCUGCAGCGCGUCCGCUACGUGAGCCGUCAGAACGUCGAGGCGAUGAAGUAUUUCGCCAAGAUCCGGGCCGAGAACGUGGAACCGCUCCGCGGCCCGAUCUACGCCUACGCGCCCCUCCAAAAGUUGCAAAUUUUCCCGGCCGGUCUCCAGCUGGCCGUUGCGCCGAUCGCGCCCCAAACGAAACCGCAAAAACUCGAGAUCGAGCCUGCCCCCGCCGCCCAAGUCCAGUACCAGUACGACAAUCCGGCCUCCGUGCUUCCGUUGUCCGGUUACCAGCCGGCCGCCGGUGAGUCCAGAUAUUUGCUCACGUUGCAAUAAGGAAGACGAAGAAGAAACGGAAG